AAUCUCACCCGAAACAACAUGUCAUUUUAGUUUCUGGUCUACUUGUGUUGAUGUCCUGCAGUCACUAUCGGACCUUUCCUAAUCCAUGGAUGGAGAUGGGGAUUUAGAGAUGGUGAUUUGGACUUGUGGUUUUGACUUAAUUCUCUGUACAGGCCAAUGAUUAUGAUGCGAUUAUGAUCUAACCAUUAACGAAUAUGCUGUGCCACUGGCCUGAGACGAAUGAAGUUCCAUAUCUAGCCUAGAUGUAGCCUAGCCCUUUUAGGCUCACGUUAACUAGCUAGCUAGUUGGUUAAUUUUUGCACAUGCAAGGAAGUUAGGCUAGCAAGCAUUUUAGCUAGGUAGCCUAGGACAACAAAAACUUAAAUUGUACUUACUAUAUGACAGAGCCAUGGACCGUUUUGUCAACAUAAAAGAGAGGAGGAUGGCAUUGGCGUUCUAGUCUGCAAGCAGGGUGAGUCCCAAAUUGUUUUAGCUUGCUCGCAACUUACACACACAACAUUGAUUGGACUAAAUCAUUUUUGGUACCUUUAAGUUUGUUUUCAGUGUAUAAAACUAAGCAUGUAUACUGUAGCGUUGAUUUGACAAUGUUUAAGUGUUUAUGUUGAAAUAGUGCUGAAAUAGCUGAGGCAGUGCUCCUGUUGUCUUUGUGCAAACCUGCGGUAACUCCGUGGUUCUAAAUCAUUAGUUGUUCAGUAAACUGUCAAACAUUAACUUGCUUGACCAUUCUGCAGGCGAUAUAACGGUUUGUUGCAUGCAAUAUUUUCUUUGUGGACUUCACUUGACAGAUGUAGCUCUCCGGUUUUGUGAUGAAACAAAUGUAUGUGUAGUUGAAUUUAUUCCGCCACUGUGUGACUGUUGUGUUUUUGUUGUCACGGCUUUAUUGUAUAUCACAGUGGCGUAGGAACAAUUGGGUUAUAGAGCAAACAACGCAAUUAUCACAACAUAGGUUGGUAUAUGGAUUUUUUUACUGGCUUGGCUUCCUCAGUGAUUUUACCCACGCACCGCUACUGAAGGGGAAUAACAGCAACUCUGCCCUCCAUGAAAAGAGUUUGACGCCCCUGAUCUAACAUCUGAACUCAACUCAAAUAUGUCAAGAAGACCAACACAUACAGUAUAAUAGAAAACACAUGUAGAGUUGGGGUCGAAGUACAGUGAGAGAAAGAGAUAGUUGGAGGGACAGAGACGGGACAGUUGUCACUUAAGAGUGUCCUGAUGAAUACUAAUUGCUGUGAACUAAAGAGCCAGAAUGAGUUCCAUUGAUGGCUGAGCACAAUGGAGAAGGGACAGGGGAAGCAGAGGAAUUCUAUUAUUUCAUUUUUCCCUUCUCCUCGUGUUUGUAUGCCAGUCCCGCCGCCUGUUGUCUUUGGGGGGGAAGGAGACUGUGGCUCUCAUAAUGCAGCCCUUGUGUCUGGGGCCACAGGGCCAGAAUAAGCCAGGGCUCACACAGCUUCCUCCCUCCCUGCAAGAUGGCAAGGGCCUCAGCGUACAGGCAGGCUUGCCAUCAAUAAGGUUUUGAGAUGAUAAAUUGAGCUCACUGGCGUAGCGGAAACCCCCGUAGCCCCCGCAAGGUGGGGGUCCCACGUGCUCUGGGUGCCAAUGCGACCAUCAUCUCACACCUACAGUAUGUCUAAAUUGUAUUAUAUUUAAAAAUAUAUUUUUGACAAUAACCCUCCUUUUUAAUGUCCACAUGUAGCAAGCAAAGUGUUUGUGUUGUCCAAUCUACAUCGGGGCUGUUACAUGGAAAAUUAAUUUUACAAUCUGCAAUGUUUACAUUUCCAACUUUAAUUGCUGUACAAGUACAUACAAUAUUGCCGCCAGCCAGCAUUCUAAAUAGCAGCGUUGUGACACCAUUGGCCUAUAGCUCCGUGAAACAUAAAGGUUAAGCUUAACAUGAGAAAAUGCAAACCAAAUAAAAGUAAACAUGAAUCCAUUAAAGCAAAGCUAUAGGCUACGACAAGCAUUACCACCACAUACUCUGAUAGGCAGCCGUGUAGCCGUCGCAAUUUAAGAACCAUGGACAGUGAUUAGUAAGUAGUCUGAACUUCGUGAGCGGCUGACGCAUUAGAUUUUUCUGCGAUCCAGAGAAACUGCAUUACCCCAGUGGUUGAGCCAGCAGUAGGCCACAACCUUGCUACUGAAAGUUACAGCAUUGACCAGCAACAUGGUUACUUCCAUGGGGAUAUACUGCUGUUUUACCCAUACACAAUACCAGAUUCAAAACAAUAUAUGUAUAAAUAUCCCUUUCUCGAACUCUCUCUAUUACAUAAAUACAGUAAACAGACACGUUCUAGGUUCAAACUCUUUGAAAACAGGCAACUCUUCCUCACUUCCUCUCACUUGUCCCUUAUUGAUAAGUAGAGGAUGGAGGCAGAGAGAGACACAAUGGCAGCCUGUCACAUCACAUCCUCAUUAACAUCUGGAGCAGAACAGAGAACAACCCAGUUUACACUGGCCACCACGGCCUGAGACAUAUGAGCACUGGUCUGAGAGAGAGAGAGAGAGAUAGAGUCAAGAGUAGGAGAGAGAGAUAUAGUCAAGGGAAGGAGAGAGAGAGAGAGAGUCAAGAGAAGGAGAGAAAGAGAGCGAGAGAGAGAGAAAGAGAGUCAAUAGAAGGAGAGAGAGAGACCUUGGGGGUCAAAGGGAGAAGAGAUCACAGUGGCAGAAAUGGGCUCAGAGAAAAAUAAAGAAGAUAUUUUUGCUUCUGAACUAUCCCACUAAUGGAAAACGGUCAUGUUUGACUGAACAACCCUCAAAGGUGAUCAGUCACCACUGUUUUGAAGAGAAAAUAAAUCCUCAUCUCAUCAACUGCUGCAGGGACAGGGAGGGGGACUUGCUUCAUUAUGAACUGUGCUGCUAUUUUGAUACUAACCGCAAGUUGUUUCAGUUGGACGUCUACUAUUUAUCUGCCAAACAAACAAGAAACAAAGAAACUGAAGUAUCUGCUUGAGCCUCCUGUUUAUGCUGAAGUAACCAGCCCUCGGGGGGGAAAUGCCACUUUGCCAUGUGUACUGCGAUUCAAACCAAGCCAUUACAAGGUGAAAUGGACAAAACUGGAACCACUUCGUCGUGGAAGCGAGAACAUUGUCAUGAUCACAAACGGUUCAGCCCACAAACCCAAUGGCCUGCUUGGGCCACGGGCCUCGCUUCGUAAGGCUCAUGCCAUGGAUGCCUCACUACAACUCAGCAACUUGGAACUAGAAGACGGUGGUAGAUAUCGCUGUGAGCUGAUCAACGGUAUUGAGGAUGAGAGCGUCAUCAUUACAUUGAGGAUAGAAGGGAUUGUGUUUCCAUAUCAGAGCAAAAAUGGCCGUUACAAAUUCACCUACAAGGAAGCUAAGGAGGCCUGUGCUGAACAGGAUGGCACAUUGGCCACAUUCAAGCAGCUAUACAGAGCCUGGGCAGAGGGUCUGGAUUGGUGCAACGCGGGAUGGCUCAUCGAUGGGACAGUCCACUACCCCAUCCUGCACCCACGAGCAGAAUGUGGGGGGGAGCUGCUACCUGGCAUUCGCAGCUAUGGCCCCCGGGACAGGAUCCGGGAACACUUUGAUGCCUUCUGUUUCACCUCUAGAACCACAGGCUUUGUGUUCUUCGUUGGACAGCCACUCACAUUUGGGGAGGCAAUGCAGGCAUGUAGGGGUGAGGGAGCAGAGUUAGCUCUUGUUGGACAGCUCUAUUCGGCCUGGCGUUUCCUGAGCUAUGACCGCUGUGAUGGAGGUUGGUUGAAGGACGGCAGUGUGCGUUUCCCUAUCACCACCCCUAGAGAGCGCUGUGGCGGUAUUCCCGAGGCUGGGGUGCGCACCUUUGGGUACCCCAACAAGACCCUGCGUCUCUAUGGUGCCUACUGCUACAGGUAGCUUUCAUGAGACCCAUUGCGUGUGGAGCCUACUUCCACUGACUUCAUAGAUCCAAGACGCAGAACCAUUGUGAAGACUACCAGUGACCCCUACAGGUUUCAGUACGCAGGGCUUGCAGAUACAGGUAGUCAAAAGGCUAGGAACUGGUUCCUCAACAACGGCAAAAAGAUACAAGUAGCACUGAGCUUUUCUGCAAUACUACAAUGUGUUAUUACAGGAAACCUCGAAGGCUUAAUGCCUUUUUCCAUGGGACACAUCAACAAAAGCCUGCCACUUUUAUGAGCUUUACUGCUACAGGUAACAACUGCUGUACAUGUUUUCCUGCGCUUGUGUAACAUUUGUUUUGUGAACUUUGUUAUCCAAGAAGCAUUAUUCUAGUUUAACAGGAUAGUUAUUACACAAUGACAAAUUCCUAAAAUGCUACUGUUAGCUUCUUAGCUGAUGUAAGAGAGUGUGCAAAUUGCAGAAUGGGAGAAAGUAUACACACUGAGCAUAACUGUAAUACAAUAAAAUAUCUUGAC